AUGGUCAAUCCUAAUCGCUGGUCGUGGUCGGGAGCACCGCGAAAAGCCCAUGCCCGAGAGAAUGCCGUUGCCAGCAAUGAGCCUCUGAUCCCACCCACCACCAAUCCCGAUUCGUGCGAGGGCAGUGUCCCAGCCGAGAAAAAGGUGCAGCCUGGCGCUGCGGGUGGUGUCUCAUCGCGCCGGCUGUCUUACAAUCGGUGGAGUUGGCGGCCAGAUGCAGCCAUAUCGGUCACCUUGGAGGACCAGCAAGAGGACGACUCGGAAAAUAGGGAGCAGGGAGAAGACCAGGGCCAAGCAACACAGCCAGGAGCAUCGAAUGGUCGUCGGUUGUCGAAAAUCAACAAAAAGCUGGAUGCCGCCGCUCCCACCAAGCGACCACGACCAUUGUCUAUGAUAGCGCCUGCAAGCGCAUCUUUCGGAUCAGCGCCGUCUUAUUCACAUUUUCAGCGCCAGCAACAGGCACAGCAACAGGAGACUGAAAACCUGCCAUCGCCCUCUCAACCGAGCCCCCUUACUACCCAGCCCUCAACCGGUGUUAAGGAAGCCCUCGGCCGGUUUCUCACUCGGAAGUUCAGCAAACGACAAAUGAAGACACCGCGGCAACAACAGAGCGAAGCUGAGCCAGUACCCCCGCCAUCCCAGCAUCAGCAGCAGCAAACAUCAGGACCCAUGCAAUCCUCAAUGCGACGUGGUCCCCAACUCCACAAUCCCCAGAACACCCUCCGUGGAGAAUCCCCUGCCAACCCUGCCACCCAUGCCCAGACCCAAGGCCAGGGUCGCAUCGAAAACGGUCGCAUGGCUGCACCGCUGCCAGGGCUUGAUGAGCAGCCCGAGUUGCAGGAGCAACUGCCUCCUCCAACAGACAUUGACUCCCGUGCCGCGCCUGCUUCGGAUGCAGCGACAAGUGUUGAUCCCGGUGCUACGUCGUCACAAGCUCCCACGUCUUCGGCAGACGAUACAGGGAUCCUGGGCCGCCUCAUGCGCAGGCGAUUGGCCCCUAAGGACAAGGACGUCGAAAACAAUAAGAAGCGGUCGCUUUCCACGAGCGCCGACAAUACGAGCCAGUCUGCCGGAGCCGACCACGAGAACAGCAACUCGUCUGAUCCGUUGGCCAAUGCCGAUGAGAUCACAGACCACGAAAUGCAGGCACAGUCUAUGCCACUAUCCGCGUCCCACGCUUCGCAAAAGACGCUAGGUGACACGACCAAGACACAGGAGUUCCAGACUGUCUCGGAUGCCCGAAACCCAUCGUCCUCGUCUGUCCCCCGUUUCCUACGACAGGUUGCGAAACCCCAACAAGCGAAAGCCAGCCCGAACCAGGUUACUGGCGCCGUCACCCCACACAAGUACAACCCGCAUUCUCAGUCUUCCCAGGCUCAACACCAGCAGCACAUGUCUUCCUCAACGCCGUCUGCGCAACCCAAGCUGCGCGCGAAGCCGAGUUUCGGCAAGCGUUUCUGGUCUAGAUCUGGGGCCAACGACUUUGGCGACGACAACGCAGCCAACGCCGAUGCCGAAACAACUGCUCCCGCUCCGGUGUCUCGGCCGGUGUAUGUGCCAAAGCAUGCGGCAUCAGACUUUUCGCGCACAACGUACCCGCCGCGCCAGCAUCGCCACAGCUUCUCUCUCGGCAACGGCGAAAAUGGCGUUCGCCCCCUGGCCACAAUUACUGCCGAAGCCUCGGAGGACGAGCCUCAACGUCAGGUCGCACCGGAGCAGAGAAACCGUACGCCGUCGGCCGAGAAGCGCAGAUCACGAGAGCUAUCGUCCUCUUCCAAAUUCGACGGACCGUCUCCUCAGGAACUGCACCGCCGACUUGAGAUUGUAAAGAGCAGUGAGAUUGAGGUUGUGACCACCAGAGAACCCACUGCCGUCGAUCACCGGCCUCAACAGCAUCAGCUGCUGCACAGCAACUCGAAUGCCUCAUCGGCAAAUGGCAAGGGACCCGCGAAGGCGCAGCCUCCAUCCCGUCCACGUUCAUCUCAACGGCACAGCUUCAACCUGGUUGCGGAUCCUUACGCAAGAGACCUGACGCCUCCCAAGUCUGCGUCGCCAGUGGAAAUGGAGGCUCCCUUUGAUCCGCCAAGUCACGCGCAGCAACAGACGGUAGAGCCGACAUCGCAACAGGUCCCGAAGCAGGCAUCUCCACCACGACAGGCCACGCAGGACAAGACUUCACAUGGCCGGCCUCAACACUCCAAAGAGCAGGCCGAAGAGAAGCCUCGCAAGGAGAUGACGGACUUCGAGCGAUUCAUAGCCGAUGCUGAGGCCGCCGAGCGUGAACAUCAUGCACAGAUGUGGCGCAACCUCGCCCGCCGCUCCGGUCAUUACGGAUACAGUGACAAUACCUACAAUCCGUACACGGCAUACAAGCCGGAUCCGGUCUCAACCAAUCCAAGCGCCGUAGCUAACACGCAAAAGAGCGGCAAGCGGGACAGUGCGUAUUACUCGGUUGGAAAGCGGGCGAGUAUGAUGACCACGGCUGCCGAGGACGAGCGCAACUUCAUGUACGGACAGCCACUAGGCGACAACAAUGGCCUGAAGCACCAGGGAAGCAUCUCCAAACGCAUUGCCGAUUACAUCAAGCCAUCCAAGUCGGGCCAAGAGGCCGCCCAAGAGGACUGGAUGGCGGGACGGACAAACCGCAGGAGCGUGAUUGCAGGCGUAGCAGAGGAGUGA